CACAGCGCCCGCCUCCUGCGGUCUCUGGCGGGCGCUGAUUGGGUGGUGCGGGAGCGCCCCUCCCCGGCUGGGCCGCGGUCGGUGCCGGGCAGGCAGAGGGUCGGCGCCGCCAUCGCCAUGGGCACCCGCGACGACGAGUACGACUAUCUGUUCAAAGUUGUGUUGAUUGGAGACUCUGGAGUUGGGAAAAGUAAUCUUCUGUCCCGUUUCACACGCAAUGAGUUCAAUCUGGAAAGCAAGAGCACCAUUGGGGUGGAAUUUGCCACCAGGAGCAUCCAGGUGGACGGGAAGACGAUAAAAGCCCAGAUCUGGGACACUGCGGGCCAGGAGCGAUACCGAGCCAUCACCUCAGCGUACUACCGCGGUGCUGUUGGGGCUCUGCUCGUCUAUGACAUCGCCAAACACCUCACCUACGAGAACGUGGAGCGCUGGCUGAAGGAGCUGCGGGACCACGCCGACAACAACAUCGUCAUCAUGCUGGUGGGCAACAAGAGCGACCUGCGCCACCUGCGGGCCGUGCCCACUGACGAGGCCCGGGCCUUCGCAGAAAAAAAUAAUUUAUCUUUUAUUGAAACAUCUGCUCUGGACUCUACAAAUGUAGAAGAAGCCUUCAAGAACAUCCUUACAGAGAUCUACCGCAUCGUGUCGCAGAAGCAAAUCGCCGACCGGUCUGCGCACGAUGAGUCUCCAGGCAACAACGUGGUGGAUAUCAGCGUCCCGCCAACCACUGACGGACAGAAAUCCAACAAACUCCAGUGCUGUCAGAACCUGUGACCUUCUCUAGAUGACUCUUGUGCCCUCCACUUUGUCUGUGCUUCAUUUAGAAACUUGUGUGCACUUCCUAUCUCCUGUGAUUCAGUGACUCCCUCCCCCCUCCCUCCUUUAUUCCAUUCCCAAAUCUCCCCUCUCAUAUUAGAGCUUUAAUUGUAGGGCUAACAUCCUCCUGCCUCUGAAACCCCUUCCAUGUGGUGACUUCUGGGCUUGAAAUGUAGUCACUGAUCUGAUAGACAUGUUUGUGUUGGAAAAUCUGCUGCUGGAUAUUAUCCCAUGAAACACUCUUAUCAAAUAGGCUUUUUUUGGUUUUGCUAGGAUUUUUUCAGUUUGGUUUUGUUGUUGUUGUUAUUUUCUGGGAGGGGAACAAUGGGACUUGACUCUACCAGUUGAAGAAAUAACUCUAUUUAGGUGACAAGGUUUUUUCCUCCCAUAGUCAGAUAUCUCUUUUUCUUGUGUUUCUGUAAACAUGGGGGAGAAAUUAAACUAGCUAUCCUGCCAAAUGCUCUGUUUUCUGUCCUGAUGAAGUCUCACAGUGAGGAUUUUAGUGGCUGCACACACAUAAGAAAGCUGUUGAAAAUAACAUUACUUAUUCUGUAAUUACCCCUAAUACAGUUAGUCUGGCUGUGUAGUUUACUGUUUCCUGCUUGGGAAAUCUUUCUCUCUUCUUGUUUAUUUGGGAACAAUGAAAUAUGUCUGCAUUGCUUUCUCUGCCACCAUGAAUGCCUGUGCAGGCUUUAUGAAGUGGCGUAAUAUUUAUUCAUGGCUUAUGUUAAUCAGUUAACAUUAUUGUACAGUAAGUGCCAGCACAUUGAUUUCAGAAACCUUUUGCAGCCUGUACAAGUAGGCUUCUUUUGUACUGUAGGUCAGUGUCUGAAAGCAGGAUCUGCGCUAGUUCCAGGGGUUUUUUUUUGCAUGCUGCUUUUUCUCUAGAUCUCUCCUGCCCCUGUCUGAGUGAGUGAGGCAAUAUUUUCAUGUCACAUAUAUACCUGCACUUGUAAGGGUUUUGGUUGUUGUAGAGAAACACAAUACUUUAUACAUUUUGUAAAACUUCUUCAGAUUCAUAGUAUCUGGAACUUUCUCUUCAUGAUCUUUCACUAUUGACCUCUACUAAAAUGCAUAAUAUUAGGAUUUCACAUAAUAACUACUAAUCUGUUGUUUUCCUCUUACCGUUUUACUGAACUGCAGACUGUAACUCUUAAAUGAUUGUACUUCACUGAUGUAACAGAUUUGUCAUCGGCAGGGCUAACUACUAUAAUUCUUCGUUGUGCUGAAUGGGAAGAAUGUUACCACAACUUUGUGUAGUCAGUCUCUUGCUUGCUUGUGCAAAUCUCUGAUGGCUUUUCAUCACUCACUAGCUCUUGCACACUUGUAUCCCCUCCGGUAUCCGCUGAAUGUUCUGAUGGCAAAUACUGGGUGAAAUGAUCUAAAGGAGGAGCUGGAAAGCACCUGCUGCUCCCUGAAGGCUUGUGGCACCAUUUGCAGUGAGUUUUUGCUCUGUAUUCUGAGCCUGUACCUCACUGGAUGAAUCCCAGCUGCAUAUUAGUGAGUUGAUUUUUCUUUACUGAUACAAAGCAAAUAUGAAACUGUGAAUUGUGCUUGAAGAGGAAAUCUGACAUUCCAGUCUCAACUGUUCUGUCUGGUUACGUAAUAAAAUUAAGGGCAGUUAACUCUGAUGGUUUUUCUUUUAUAAGAUUUCCAGACCAAUGCCUUUAAUUUUGUACUGUAUGCACUGAGAGGGCUCCAGCUCACAGCACAGGAUGCACAUGGUGCUGGCACUUUCACUCUUCAGCUUUGUUUAGAGGUUCCCUUCAAGGUUCAAGGGUGCAUGCUUGCAGCCUGAUCCCAUUGAAUGAGGGUAUGAAUUCCUUGGUAGGCAUCACAGGGCUCUGUCCUAAGGGAGCUCCAGUUCAGGAAGCACUUUCAACACUUGGUAUUUGCUUCACUAGCAUUCUGUUGAGAGAAGGUGGGAACUGGGAUAUCUCCUUUUUGGAGGUCCAAGACCAGAACAUGAAAUGCAGUCAGUGUUCAGACAGCUGGCAAUGAGAGAAUGGAAAAUUGUGAAAUACUGAAAAUAUUUCAUUUGAGAACAAGUGGACACUGGUGGAGCUGGGCUCCUUAAUUUUUGAACAGACUUUAUAUAAAGAAAUCAGCUGGACAGCAUGAGGAGAAAUUGUACUGUUAAGAAGACUCAUUAGUUCAGCGUGAUGUAUUAACAUGCUUACUCUGCAAGUCCUGCUCUUAACAUGAAGUUUCUAGAAUCCGUUUGGCCUGGUGUGAGAAGCCAAUAAGCAGUUUAGUCACUUGCUUGUCUCUUCAAAGAUUUUCUUUAGUCUUUGACUUUGUGGAAGCCUUUAAACUUUGCUGCAGAGUCCCAGUGAAAGGUCAGUGUCUAGGGCUUAAGUGCAGUUAAAUUUAUGGGUAUUGAAGAGCUCUUGAACAACCCCAUUGUCCAAAGCCCCUGAGCACUGGUGGACCUUGGACCAUUCUGUUGUGUUGUGUGGCAGGGAGAGGCUCCUGCCCUUUGUGGGGCACGCAGGGCAGUGGGUGUGUGCCCACGGGCACCCAUGCAGCUCCUGAGAGCCCUGGAAUGGGCUGGGGGCUUUCACCUGCUGUGGUCCCUCCCUGUGAGACAAGGCUCUCCUCCAGGCUGCUGUGCUGCUCUCCAGGCAGAGCCACAGCCCCUCUGUGGGUCUGAGGUGCUCCUGCCCAGACUAAGCACAGGGCUGUGUGUGAGAAUUGAAAAAGGACAUUGGAUCAGUUCUGCCAGGCUAGGCCAUGUUCUGUGCACAGACUGGGGACAAGGCUUGUGAUCUGGGGUUCCUGGGGUCCUGAUGAAGCAUUGUGUGCUCCUUAGAAACUGCAUCCACACAACCCAGCCCACUACUGUGCUGGAAUUACUGAGGGGAAGACUUGGAGGAAUCCUGAGGAAGCUGGAAAUGCUGGAAGAGCUGUCUGACAUUCAGAGAAGCUCUGCAGUAGCCCAGACUCCUUAAGCAUGCUUUCCUGAUGUGGAAAUUAGAGAACUACAUGUAACCUCAACUUGACUGCUUCAUCCCACAGCUUUGCUGGCUGUGUGUCUCUCAGUAUUACUGUCAGGAAAAAAAAAGGUUACAGCUCUCUUCCAUCUGCCCCAAGGGAUUUGGGGGCCAAGUUUGGCUUUUGUAAAAUUCCUGAUAACAGGAAAGCUGCCUGUGAAAAGAAGGAAUGUGUGCUUUGCUUGCUUUACUUGGAUGUUGAGGCUGACUUUCCUUUAACUAUUGAAAACACUACAAAGCCCUGAGUACUGCACCUGUGUCAUAACACAACCACAGAGGCUCCUGCUGCUGUCUAGAACAGCUCCUUUAAUGCAGAAUUAGGCAGGAGUCUGUCAUGUUGCCUCUCCUCUUAGUGAUGGGGAGGGUGAAGGCUAAAAUGCAUACGUAAAAGAGUGACUUGGUCCUGAGCACACAAACAGUGAAUUUGUAAAAUGAAUUCCUUGGGCAGAUCAGAUCAAUCCAGCCUCUUUUCCUGCAAAGUCAUUGCUUCCAGACAGGGGAGUUAGUCUGGGAUCUUCACUGGAGCCUGCACAGAACAAGGAGGUUUGGUUCCUAGGAAAGUUUUAAAGCUCCAUAUUUGUAUAAAUAUAAAAAUCCAGUUGAUGACUUAUGGCUUGCUACUUAGUUACAAAGAUUUCAGUGUGUGCUCUGGAGGUCAGCUCUGUGGGGCCAGGGAUGCCCUGUUUGGGUGCUGUCCUGUGACUCCCUGCUGACCUCUUGUGUGAGCACAGAGCUCUUGGCUGGCCGUGGUGUGGCUUGGGCUGAGCCUUUAUUUGAACCAGUUACUUAACAAAAGCUGUUGGAAAAUUGUAGAGGAGGUAUUUUUGCUCCUGGUGCUUUGGUCCCUGCGUGCUGUGCUGCUCCACAAGGUGGGGUGGGAUCUGUUUCUAGUUGAGUCUUGCCGAGGCUUGGUGCUCAUUUCCCUUCCAAGCAGAAGGAAGAACUUGCUUAGAGGUUCUGGACUCCGUAGAAGAAAAGAAGAUCCCAGUGAAGUGGCUCAGUCACCUAGGGAAGAUUUUUUUCCUCCAUAAAAAACUAGAACAGUGUUAAAGGUAGGAGCUUGAAUUUCAGCUAAGGAAAAUCAGACAAUUGGAGGUUAAGACUAACUGUCCUUCAAGUAAAGCACAGUAAGUGGGGGCUGAAGGGUAGAUUCUCUUUACUUGCAGACUCUUAAAUGAAGUUGGUGAUUUAUGGAAUGUUUCCAUGGAAUGAGUAUCUCCAGGGCUGCACUGUUUCAAUAAAUAACAGCAAUUCCUAUUUUACACUGAUCAGAUAAUGCAUGGUAGUGUUGACUGUCAGGCUUUGUAGGCUAUAAAUAGUAGUGGGCCUUUAUGCAACCCAGAAGAGAGGUUCCUUUCAUUUACUUUUAUUCCUGGUUCCUGUGUUAAGUGCAAUUCACUUUGUAAAUAAACACACCACUCGAUUUUUGUGCAUGGUUAUGAUGUAUUGUGGAUAUAAAGAUUGCCAAAUCAUA